CGUAACGGAUCUAACCAAAAAAACAAGAUCGGUGGAUAUAUAUAGUACAGUAGUAAUAAAUAAUGACGCACGCAAGGGAAAGAAGAAGACGUUUCGUGACAAGAAGAGUUUACUAGAAACAUUCGUUAAAGAGACGACAAGAUAGACAUAUGGCGAAACAAGAAGAAGUUGCUGUCCCAGUCUUCUCAUCCCUUGAACCUGUCUACGGCCAAGGAUCUCAGCUCCAAGAAGCUAAGUCACGGUUCGACGUUUUGAAGGACAAAUUCAACCAAGUGUUCGAUGCUUCUCCCCAACUCUUCGCUCGCUCUCCCGGAAGAGUGAAUCUGAUAGGAGAGCACAUUGACUAUGAGGGAUACUCAGUAUUGCCAAUGGCUAUUCGUCAGGACACCAUUAUUGCUAUUCGAAAACGUGAGGGUGAGAAUCAGCUUAGGAUUGCAAACGUUAAUGAUAAGUACUCCAUGUGUACUUAUCCUGCUGAUCCUCACCAGGAAAUUGACUUGAAGAAUCACAAAUGGGGUCAUUACUUCAUUUGCGCGUACAAAGGGUUUCAUGAGUAUGCAAAGUCAAAAGGGUUGAAUAUUGUUGAUUCACCUGUUGGACUUGAUGUGGUUGUUGAUGGCAUUGUUCCUACAGGUUCUGGUUUGUCAAGUUCUGCUGCCUUUGUCUGCUCAUCAAUGAUUGCUAUUAUGUCUGUCUUUGGUGAGAACUUUGAAAAGAAAGAACUUGCACAACUUACUUGUGAAUGUGAAAGACACAUUGGAACACAGUCUGGUGGCAUGGACCAGGCAAUCUCUAUAAUGGCUAAAACUGGAUUUGCUGAGCUUAUUGACUUCAACCCUGUCCGUGCAACCGAUGUGAAACUCCCUGAUGGUGGUAGCUUUGUGAUAGCACACUCUCUUGCUGAGUCUCAGAAGGCGGUUACAGCUGCUACUAAUUACAACAACAGGGUUGUUGAAUGUCGUCUUGCUUCAAUCAUACUUGGGAUUAAACUCGGAAUGGAACCAAAAGAAGCAAUAUCAAAAGUUAAGACUCUCUCUGAUGUGGAGGGUUUAUGUGUUUCAUUUGCUGGUGAUCAUGGCUCAUCUGAUCCUGUUCUAGCUGUGAAGGAAUAUCUGAAAGAAGAACCAUAUACGGCUGAGGAGAUUGAGAAAAUAGUGGAGGAGAAGUUACCAUCAAUAUUGAACAAUGAUUCAACAUCUUUAGCUGUACUUAAUGCUGCAACACAUUUCAAAUUGCAUCAGAGAGCUGCACAUGUUUACUCUGAAGCUAGGAGAGUUCAUGGUUUUAAAGAUACUGUCUAUUCAAACUUAAGUGAUGAAGAAAAGUUAAAGAAACUUGGUGAUCUCAUGAACGAUAGCCAUCACAGCUGCAGUGUCCUAUACGAGUGUAGUUUCCCUGAGUUAGAAGAACUAGUUCAAGUAAGCAGGGAGAAUGGAGCAAUUGGAGCAAGACUAACUGGAGCUGGAUGGGGAGGCUGCACCGUGUCCUUGGUUAAAGAGUCUAACGUUUCUCAGUUCAUUGAUGCAGUCAAGGAGAGGUAUUACAGAAAGAGGAUAGAGAAAGGAGUGGUGAAGGAGGAAGAUAUGGGGUUUUACCUUUUUGCUUCCAAGCCUUCAAGUGGUGCUGCCAUCUUCAACUUCUAA